AUGUCGCUGUUGGUAUCUUGCAAGCGAGUAUACGACGAAAGCAUAGAAUUCUUCCGCGAAUCCCGCAUCAUAAACACCACACCCGCCGAGUGUCCUCUCACGCGCCGGCUGCUGCCCGAGUUCCGCGCGCUGUGGGAGGGCAUACCCGCGGAGAUCGCGCCGAAGCUGACGGUGGAUUUUCCGUGCGACGUAAAGGACGGGUUCUGGGCGUGGGGCAAGGUGGAUGUGAGGGAGCAGAAUGCGUGUGCCGGAGGAGGGAGGUGGGGGCCGGUGGAGAGGCAGGGGCCGAUUGUGCCCAGAUUCGAGGUCGUUGCGAGGGGGAAACAGAAGUCUAAUGAGACGAGUUGUGGGUAUGUUAGUCGGUAUGAUCAGGGGAGGCCGAGGGUGAUCAUACUGCGAAAAGAAUGUCCUUAUGGUGUCAUGAGUAGUGCCUGA